AUGACAUGGUCUCAUACUCGUAUAAAAAUACCAAGAAAUCGUGAAGCCGGAGAUAUACUUCUCUGGAAUGACUACUUUUCUGACAACCCCACCUACCCAGCUAACAUAUUUCGUAGGAGAUUCAGAAUGCGGCGAGAAUUGUUCAACCGAAUAUUGGCAGAUGUGGUGUCUAGAAAUCCUUAUUUUGCUCAAAAAAGAGAUGCUUGUGGCAUUCUUGGAUUAUCCCCUCAUCAGAAAGUAACUGCAGCAAUCCGAAUGUUAGCUUAUGGAUGUGCAGCAGAUGCAAUAGAUGAGUAUUUACGCAUUGGAGAAACCACCGUUUUAGAAGCAACCCGUCGGUUUUGCAAGACGAUUGUGAUACACCGAAAAAAUAAAUUUUCAUCGAUGCAAGAGGGAGCACGGAAAGAUGUAGAGCGUGGAUUUGGUGUACUGCAACAACAAUUUGCCAUUGUCAAACAACCUGCACGAAUGUGGAACCCGGAUGUGCUUGCCUAUAUAAUGAAAACGGUUAUUAUUUUACAUAAUAUGAUAGUGGAGGAUGAGCGUCUUCCCGGUGAUUGGCCACAUGAAUAUGACUCACGUAGCAGGUCGGCACCGGUGAAUAUAUCGAGGGUAGGUACUGAGGAACUUUCCAGAAUGAGAGCUGCACAUCGGCGUCAUGCUAUACACAAUAAAGAAACACAUUUUCGCUUGCGUCAAGAUUUAAUCGAACACAUAUGGUCAAAUUUUGGAGAUAAUUAUUAA